AUGAGCGAGAUUCUCGACUACUCGCCCGUGCCCACGCUGGUCGUGUCGCCGUCGUACCGCGUCGAGAGGGCCUCGGCCGGCUUGCUUGAGGCGUGGCGCUGCUCUCGGGAGCAGAUUGUCGGCGAGGACCUCUUUACCGCUCUCUACCACGGGUCGCCGACGGCGCGAUUCGACCGCAUUCCACUCGCAUUCGCCAUCGAAACGGGCAUCGCGUCUCGCGCCCUUCGGCUCUGCCAUGCGGCGUACACCGACCCGGAGGGCGUCGCCUGGACCGCGCGCAUCACCCCGAUCCACAAGGACGACGGCCUGAUCUGCCUCAUCUUUGAGUGGGAAAAGGCCGAAGUCCAUAUUACCGUCGCCGACGGCGGCAUCCGCCAGAGCUGGCUGCCCAUCGAUGAGGCGUCGCGCAUCCUCGUCGAGGCCGUCAAGGACUAUGCCAUCUUCCUGCUCGACACGCGCGGCAACAUCAUGACCUGGAAUAUUGGCGCCGAGCUCAACAAAGGGUACAAAAAGGAAGAGAUUAUCGGCAAGCACUUCUCCAUCUUCUAUGGCGAGGAGGACCUCAAGUCCCACAAACCCGAGCGGGAACUCGAGGUAUGCCUGCGCGAGGGGCGCGUCGAGGACGAAGGCUGGCGCUAUCGCAAAGACGGCAGCCGGUUCUGGGCCAACGUCGUUAUCACGGCUGUGUAUCGAAACGGCAUCCACGUCGGCUUCGGCAAAGUCACCCGCAACCUCACGGAGCGCAAAGAGGCCGAGAUGCGGCUCAUUGCCGCCUACGAGGAGAGCACCAAGCUGAAAAACGACUUCCUGGCCAACAUCAGUCACGAGAUCCGGACACCGAUGCACGGCAUGCUCUCUGCCUGCUCGCUUCUGCUGGACAGUGACCUGACCGAGGAGCAACUCGAGACGGCCAACAUCAUUGAGGAGUCGGGGCGCGUUCUCCUGCAGGUCAUCAACGACAUUCUCGACUACUCCAAGCUCGCGGCUGGCAGCUUCUCGAUCACAAACGAAAAGUUCGACGUAGCGCAUGUUGUGACGUCCGUCGUACGCAGCUUCCAAACGACGGUACAACCAGGCGUAUCGCUCAAGACGGACCUGGCUACGGACCUGCCAAAGUGGGCGGAGGGGGACGCCUUGCGCUGUCGCCAGAUUCUCGAAAACAUUGUCGGCAACGCGGGCAAGUUCACCGAAAGGGGUUACAUCAUUGUGCGCGUAUCUCUGGCGGCGCAGGAUGCAGCGACACACACCAUCAUGACCGAAGUCAUCGACACCGGACACGGCGUCCGCGACGAGUCCGAACUGAAGCUCUUCCAACCGUUUACGCAGCUCGACACUACAUAUCAGAAGCGCCGGCAGGGGACGGGCCUUGGUUUGUCCAUCGCCAAGUCCCUCGUUGAAAUGAUGGGCGGGGACAUUGGGUAUAAGCCCAACCCCGACCAGCCCGGCAGCAUCUUUUGGUUCACCGUGAAGUUGAAGCGAGUCGAUGGGCCGCAACAGAUUAGCGCGCAGCCCGAAAGAGAACUAUUGCGACAGCAAAUCCCACAAGAUAAUGAUAUCGCAGCGCCAUUAUCGCGGUUGCUACGGAUCGCCUCGCAAACACGACUCCUGGCCGCCGAGGACAACAUCAUCAACCAAAAGGUAUUGGUCGGGAUUUUGCACGCCUUCGGCUUCCAGCACAUCACUGUCGUCUCGAAUGGCGCCGAAGCCGUCUCGACGCUUGCAAACUCUCCCGAUGCCUUUGACCUGUGUCUCAUGGACAUCAGCAUGCCCGUGAUGAACGGCUACGAGGCGACGGUGCAGAUACGAAAUAGCGGCUCGCGCAUACCCAUCAUCGCCAUGACUGCAUACGCACUCAAGGGCGACAUGGAGCGUUGUCUAGAGAAGGGCGUCAACGAUUACCUGGCCAAGCCGGUCAAUCGACAGUUGCUCAUGCAGAAGCUGCUCAAGUGGCUUCCUAAGCCAGGCGACGGCGAUGUAGCCGUACCGAACGGCUGUCAUGGAGACGCACAGAAGCCCCUGAAUGGCGUGCUCCGGCAUACGCGGUCUGCCUCGGACCGGCAGAGUAUUUGA